GAAGAAAACGCAGUUUUGUCCUUCGUUCGUGAGUUAUUUUGAGCGCCUGGUAGCUUUGUUAACAAGCGAACAAGAAAAUGGAUGAAAGGUUGCUGUAUGACAACGUUUUUUCCGAGCCAGUGGAUAUCAGCGAUACACCAUGGUCAAUGGACAACUUACUGUUUGAAGAAGACAUCAAGAGCGACUCAGAUGACGACAUAACAGACCUGUUUAAUGGAGGGAAGAUUGAAGAUGUAGUCUCAACGACUGGAACCCAGAGAAAAAUCAAAGAUCUCUCCGACGAAGAAAUUAAGAAUCUUCGAGUUCAGGAUUUAAACAAGCUUCUUCGAGGAAUACCUAGAGAAGAAGCUGUUAAAAUAAGGCGCAAGCGACGUAACCUUAAGAAUCGAGGCUACGCUUUGACUUGCCGUAGACGUCGGCAACAGUUUCAGGAGGACCUUUUCAACGAAAAUCAGUUGUUGAAGAAGCAGUUGGAAGACGGCAGAGAGACGCUUUGCAAAGUAUUAAAAGAGAGAAGUGAAUACAAGAAAAAGUUUCUGCAGCUACAGUCAGAUUGCAAAAAGGAAUUAAUGAUGGAACAUUUUGUUCUCCCAAACUUCCUUCUAGAAUCAGGGAAUCUGGCAUAAAUCAAAAGUCUACACGGCUUAGAGAUCAACAGUUGUAUCACAGAGUCCAAUGUAAACGAAAAAAACUGUUGAUACUGAACGGGGCUUGCAGAGAGCGCAAACACCUCUGUUAAACCCGGAAUUCCAGUUUGAUCGUUCUACGCGACUAUUGUAAAAUAACAGAACUACUUAAUCCUGUUGUAAGAAAUUUUGUUGCUCACAAGUACGUUAGUUCAUUUAAACGAAGGUGUUCUUGUUUUCCUGAUGAACCCUUUUUUUCCUGAGGUGUUCUGUGUUGGUGGUAAAAGCUUGAUAUUACGCUUACUUUAGACAUUAUGGAUUAGGAUCAUUAAUAUAAACAAAAAUGAGACGAGUCGCUCGACUUCUUACUUAUAUUAUGCUGUUAUUGCAGCGCAAAAACAUACUUGUGAGACUUUUUUCGAUAGCUUUUCGCAUGCUUGAGUGUAGCGCUGUAACCACAAUUUUAUGUCUUGUGGAAAGCAUCGAAAGCGGAAGUGAUGCACCUAUUCGAAACUGAAACCAGACAAGAUAUCAAUAACUUCUGCCUGAGGGUUUGUUUUUCUUUCCUCAAGACGCUGGUCACACACCAUGACAAAAGUGGACUUAAACACAUGGCACAUGUAGUUAUGGGGUACGUUUACUGCAGGUUUGUUAUCUAUAAUUCAGAUGUAAUUGAUAAUCCCUCAGAGCUGUGAAAAUAAAAAUACUUAAAACAACA